AUGGCUAGUUCAAGUGGUGUUAAUAAUAGAGGCAGUGAGGAUGUCUACAGUUUUCAGAUUGAAGAAGAGGACUUGGAAGAAUUGGCAGUGGGGAACGAUGGAGAGGAAGAGGGGAUUGAUGACAGAUGGUGUCUGGUCGGAAGGUUUUUGACGAAUCGGUUGAUAGACUUCGAUAAAAUGCAGAACAUUCUAGCUUCCUUAUGGCAACCGGGAAUGGGAAUGUUUGUCAAAAAGUUAGAAGAUAACCGCUUCUUAUUUCAAUUCUACCAUGAAGUGGACAUUCAAAGAGUUAUAAAUGGUAGUCCAUGGACGUAUGAUCGAAUGCAGCUGAUUAUUGAACGUUUACCAGUGGGAGGGGACCCUAAUCUGUUGCAAUUAAAUGAUCUUGAUAUGUGGGUUCAGAUCCAUGAUGUAAAACCAGGAUGUAUGACCACAAGUACGGUUCGUGGAGUGGGAAAUACUCUAGGAAAAUUCAUUGAGUCGGAUCCUAAUAAUUUCAUCGGUGUUUGGCGUGAUUAUCUCAGGGUUCGAGUUACUCUUGAUAUUAGGAAACCAUUGAGGAGGCGUAUGAAACUAACCCGUGACAAUGGAAGCUGGUUUUGGGCACAUUUCAAAUAUGAAAGGGUGCCAACCUUUUGUUUCAUCUGUGGGUUGAUUGGUCACUCCGAGAGGUUCUGUAGGCGUUUGUUCCAGCAGCCUAUAGAGCAGAUAGUGAAACCUUAUGGAGAAUUCAUGAGGGCGGUACCACAGAAAUCUUACAAGAACAUCGGUGCAAGGUGGUUGCGCAAUAGAGGGUGGCAGCCGGAAGGGGUACCUGAGGACAAUGUACCUGGACAGAGCUCAACACAUCAACCAAAUAUGGAAACAAUACCUUCGGCUGACAUAGCCGAAAAUCAUGCUACUCCAAAUCUGGCUCAUAAAGAUGGAAAUAAUGGCAUGGAUAAUUUGAUGAUGGAGGGGGAUCAGGGGGAGGAAGAUAUGGGUGUUAUGGAGGGAGAGAUUAGUGGAGAUAUUUAUGGCAAGAAUAAAGCAAAAGGGAAACUCAUUGAAGGCAGUUCGGGCUUGGUGAUUUUUGACAAUAAAAAGAGGAAGGUUGAGGAUGGGACUAUGGGACACGUGGGGCAGGCCCAACAAACAAGUGGGCUUCCAAAAAACUUUUCAUUGGCGGGCCUUGGUGCUGGGGCUCGCCAGACAUUAUGA